AUGGCUCUGGCGCAUUCGAGGUGGCGGAUCGGUGACGGACAGAGCAUCGAUGUGUUGGAGGACCCAUGGGUGGAUGCACUUCCUCUGAGUCUAUGGCCGACGACGAUCAGUGUUGAGGCAGGGGCAGGACUUCGGGUCUCUGACCUGCUCAGGCCGGGGGAGGCAGAGUGGGAUGGCGAUAGGCUGGGCCAGCUAUUUGGGGAGCAUCUUGUGGAGCGGGUAAGGGCGAUCCCCCUUCCGGGAUCUGCAGGUCCAGAUGUCAGAGUUUGGAGCACUACCUGUCGAGCCAGUGCUGGGAUUGGUGAGGUUUCCCGGGUUCUUCAGCUGGGGUUACAGUCGGGCCUAGACUGUGGUUGGGUGUGGAGGUUCGGACUACACCAGAGGGUUGCCCUCUUCCUCUGGAAGGUGGCUUGGGAGCGGUUGCCGACAUGCUCAGUCUUGAGUAGACGUGGUAUGAGCCUGUCCCCCUUAUGUCUGGUUUGCGGGGUGGCCGAGUCAGUAGAUCAUGUACUAUUCCACUGCGAGAGGGCGAGAGGUGUAUGGAGGUUGACUGAGAUCCAGGGGGACGCCUGGAGCAGUAGGGUUAUUUUCCUGGAGAUAGUUCGACAUUGGGCUGGUGAUCCUCACAUGCGGAGAUUAGCCAUUAGGGCGUCUUGUACAGCAUAUCAGAUAUGGCUGGCCAGGAACGCCCGGGUGUUUGGGGAGCGGCGGCUAUCCCAGCGUUUUGUGAUGGAGCGGGCCUGUGCCCAAGCUGAUGAGAUUAUCUAUGUAGAGUCUGCUCAUAGACCUUUGAUAGCUCGGGACACCUGGGGCUCCCACAUUGCUUCGGCAGCUCCGCAUCGGGUAUUCUUUACCUGGGAGCCCCCACCCCCGAGUUUCCUCAAGGUUAAUUUCGAUGGCUCUGUCUUGGACGGUGGCAGGAGGGGAGGGGCCGGAUUUAUUGUCAGGGGCCCCGGCGCUGAUGCGAUGGCAGCUGGAGGCUGUCAGAUUUUUGAUACUUCGGUUCCAGGGGCGGAGCUGCACGCGGCCUGGAUGGGUCUGUCUUAUGCGCGGCGGGUGCUCCACGCGAGCUCGAUCCUGCUCGAGGGUGACUCAGCUACGGUGGUCAGCUAG